UCAGAAAGCGACASAGAGGAGAAGAUGGCGGAGGUAGCUAACGAUGCAGAGCUACUCAAGGAGAAGGCAAAUAAGUACUUCAAAGAUAAAGACUAUGAGAAUGCCAUCAAGUACUACACAGAGGCCGUGGAGCUCAACCCACAGAAUGCCAUCUACUACAGCAACCGAAGCCUGGCRUACCUGCGCACAGAGUGCUAUGGCUACGCCCUGGCAGACGCUACGAAGGCCCUGGAGAUAGACAAAAACUACAUAAAAGGAUAUUACCGCCGUGCCACCUCCAACAUGGCACUGGGCAAGUUUAAAGCUGCACUUAAGGACUAUGAAACAGUAGUAAGAGUUCGACCGAACGAUAAGGAUGCAAGAAUGAAGUAUCAGGAAUGCAACAAGAUCGUGAAGCAGAAAGCCUUUGAGAGAGCCAUCGCCAGCGACGAGAAGAAGAAAUCUGUUGUCGACUCUCUGGACAUCGAAAACAUGACCAUUGAGGAUGACUACGUGGGGCCCAAACUGGAGGAAGGAAAGGUCACCCAGCAGUUCAUGAAAGAUUUGAUGGAUUGGUUCAAAGAUCAGAAGAAGCUGCACAGAAAGUGUGCUUAUCAGAUUUUAAUACAAGUUAAAGACGUUUUAUCCAAACUACCAAGUCUGGUUGAAAUCACAUUAAAAGAGACAGAAACAAUAACGAUCUGUGGUGAUACCCACGGACAGUACUACGACCUCCUCAACAUCUUCGAGCUGAACGGUUUACCCUCAGAGACCAACCCUUACCUGUUCAACGGCGACUUCGUGGACCGUGGUUCUUUCUCCGUCGAGGUCAUCCUCACCCUCUUCGGCUUCAAGCUGCUUUACCCCGACGACUUCCACCUGCUCAGGGGUAACCACGAGACGGACAACAUGAACCAGAUGUACGGGUUUGAAGGGGAGGUCAAAGCCAAAUACACGGCCCAGAUGUUCCAGCUUUUCAGUGAGGUCUUCCAGUGGCUUCCUCUGGCUCAGUGCAUCAACAACAAAGUGCUGGUGAUGCACGGAGGUCUCUUCAGUGAAGAUGGCGUCACACUGGAGGAGCUCAGGAAGAUCGACAGGAAUCGACAGCCUCCCGACUCAGGUCCCAUGUGUGACCUGCUCUGGUCGGACCCACAGCCUCAGAACGGCCGGUCCAUCAGUAAGCGAGGAGUGAGCUGUCAGUUCGGACCCGACGUGACGCAGAGCUUCCUGGAUCAGAACAAGCUGGAUUACAUCGUGAGGAGUCAUGAGGUCAAAGCUGAGGGCUACGAGGUCACCCACUCAGGGAAGUGCAUCACCGUCUUCUCAGCACCCAACUACUGUGAUCAGAUGGGAAACAAAGGAGCUUAUAUCCACCUCAGGGGAUCAGACCUCAAGCCAGAAUUUCACCAGUUCACAGCUGUGCCUCAUCCGAAUGUCAAGCCCAUGGCGUACGCCAACACGUUAAUGCAGCUGGGGAUGAUGUAGAGUCCACGCACAUCUGUCGGCCAUCUUUUAGACUCUGUCCUCUGKUCCCGGUCCAUCCUGCCCACCUCAGUCCCUCCGGUGCUCGGACGUGCCCCCCCCCCACCUGGUUCUGACGGGAGCAGAACUGCUCCUCUUCUCUGACUUCAAAGACGGGUCCUCCUGCACCAUCACUGAGUCAGACCCGCCUCCUUUCAGCUGCUUGAUGUUUUUAUCUAUAAACAUGUUUCAUUUAUCAGCAGAUGGGUUCUAAUAGCUGGUUUGUACCAAAGAUCUGUAACGAAAAUGAUUGUUCAGUUUUAGCAAAAAGGAACUUGUGACUAAAAGCGAGCGUUGUAACGUAGGUCUGCAGGAGCCUCGUGUCUCAGUGUUAGUCCAACCAGCCCACAGUAUGUCACUUUUUACUCAACAACAACACAAACCUGAGUAUUUUUAUCAAAAAAACCCUCUGGGUCCACUCAUAACGGUGCUGUUCACCAUCAGUGACGUGUUUUUUCUGCUACAGUUGAAGACGCCGCUGCUCCACCGUUCUCCUGCCACUCGCCCGGCAGCUCCUGCACAGUCCAGUCCCCCCCGAAAGUCCAAACGUCCAGAACAGUCCUGUCUAAAAACGCACAGCUCAACGUCUGACAACCAGUACACUGAUGUGUAUGUAUAUAUACUGUAUCAUUUAAAGAUUAUGUGUAAUGUUUGGAGAGAAAUGUUGAAUUAAAAAAAACGCUUCAGUGAUUUUAGAAACA